ACAAAAUUGCAUACCAGAACAGCCAUUUAAAUCCCUCUCCAAUCCAUCCGUAAAGUGCAAAAUGUCUUCUUCCACCAUCUUCAUCGCUGUUCAAUGCUGCCAGUGCUCCACCAUGCAGGUGAAGCAGCAGAAGAAGAGCAGCAACAAGUGGACAUGUGCGGUGUGCAACCAGAAGCAAUCUGUACGGAAACUUUUUGCCCAUGGUUACAUGGCUAAAGACCUCCGCAAGUUCGUCCAAUCCUUUAACAUGUCCCGCAAGUUCGCCGACGACGGUCAACAACACGAAUCCCUAACUUCAGUUACUUCACCUUGUGAUGCCGGCCUUUUAGAGGAUCAACAGAGGAAGAGACGCUCCAAUUGGAGUGAGUACCUUGAUCCCGAGGAGAAUGGAAGCAAGGAGAAAAUAAAACCAGAAGAAGAAGAAGAAGGAGACGAUUUUGGGUCAAAGAUUGUAACAGAGUGGCCAAGAGAUAUGUUUAAGAAACCCAAAUUGAGGGACCAAGCUUCUGGAUCUGACAAUGGAGAUGGUGAUAGGAACUCCUACAAACCGGUUUUCUCAACGAAAACGAACCAAGAAAUUGUCUCUCAAGGAAAGGAAAAGAUAUAUCAGCCUGCAAAGAUCAUUAGUGCUUCUAAAUGGAGUGAUUACAUGACAGAAGACUACAAGGAGCAAAGAACAGCUCAACCAACAAUGGCAACAAAGGCUUCCAAAUGGAAUGCUUAUGUAACCCAUGAUCACAGCAGCUUGAAAGUGGGAAAUAGGAGAAAUUUUGCAGAUGAUAUGGGUCAAUAUAGCCAUGAUAUUUGGGAGACUAUAUUGGAUGAUCAGAAGGUAGAAGAUGAUAUCCACCCAGAUUUCAUGUAAAUCUCUCAUAAGACGGAACAAAUAUGAGAAAUGUCUCUUAAAAUUUAUUAAAUUUUCGUUUUUUUUUUCAACCGAUGGAACAAAUGG